GAAAGUGCAGUGGGGAGAGGGUCACGUGGCUCCGAGCCCGGAUAAAUAGGGGCUGGGCGGCGCUGAAUCCCCCCGAGCUCCCCGGUACCUGCGUGCGCCGCUUGCCGUCCGUCGGGCUUCUCCAGCGAGCCGGGAGGAAGAGAGGGAGUCCGAGACAGAUCCACCCCGUCCGAGGAGGCUCCGCAGAGGCCGGUGGGCGUUCCGCCGGGGGCCGGGACCUUGCGCACUCUCAGCCGGAGCUCGCUCCCCUCCCGCCUUCCCGACAUGAAACUCCUCGUGGCGCUGGCCGUGCUCUUCCUCGCGUCCGCUCAGGCUUUUGCCGAAGAAACGGGCGCCAACGACGAUCUCAACUACUGGGCCGACUGGUCGGACAGCGACCAGAUUAAGAGAAACCCAGGAGCCAGCCCCUCUCCGUCGAUCUCUUACAUGCACUCUUCCAACAUCCAAGUGCCUGAAAUCCCCAGGAUAGGAGACACUUUAUCUUAUACUUCCGUUGAAAAGCAAGUGGGCAUGUUAAAGGCUCUCUAUGGGCACGGCCAAAUGUCUCACAAAAGACAUAAAACAGAUUCCUUUGUUGGACUCAUGGGCAAAAGAUCUUUAACUUCUGGGUCUUCGGAAUGGGGCGCAGCACAGAACUACGAGAGAAGGCGUAAAUGAGGCUCGACAUGGCGGUCUUCGUGAACGUCGUGGGCUCCAUGGCUGGCGAUGAUGAGGCGUCCUUGAAGAUGCUCACUAGGCAGAAUGAUUAUUUAUUUAACAGCCCCUGUGCUUUUGAGUUGUAAACCCAAUCAGACAAUUAUUUUCAUAUUGUGACAAUGCCCCCCAUUGGUUAAAUGUUUUCUAGCCCUUCCCAAAGGAAGCCCCUGAUAUUUGAUGCCCAGGCUCCCUGUUUCUGGUGAUGACCUGGUCAUCCAGGAAGAUCAAUGUUUCGGUUAUUAGUCAUGUCCGCUUGGUGAUGAAUGGAGUGCGACCCCUCCAUGGCUGAGAUGUUAGGUGAUGGGGGGAUCGGAACCUAUUUGUAUUGCUGCAGGACGUCUUAUGUUUGUGACUAAGUGUGCGAGACAGAGAGGGAGGGAGA